UACAUGAACAUGUUGCAAUCUUCCUCAACAACUAUCAGUUUCAUGGUGAACUUCUGUAAAAUCUUGGUAAUUCUCCAACUUCAGUGAUAAACUUGGCUAAUAACAAAUUCAGUGGAAACAUCUCAGCUAGUUUUGGCUUCACGAGUUAUAGAUUGAAGGAGAUUUUGCUUCUUAAUAACCAGUUAACAGGUUGCAUUUCAGAAGGAGUUGGGCUUUUCUCAGAGAUGCAAGUUUUUGAUGUGAGCCACAACUCACUCAUGGGUCAUUUGCCAGACACAAUAUUUUGCCUGAGUGACAUUGAGGUUCUCAAUUUGGCAAACGAUAAGCUAUCCGGGGUACUACCCGAUUUGGUUUGUUCCCUAAGGAGACUUAUGAAUUUGACUGUUGCCUACAAUUUCUUCUCUGGGUUUAGCCAGGAAUGUUCCAAGUUGUUGUUUAGAAAUGCGGGUUUUGACUUCUCGCUUAAUUGCAUUCCGGGGAGAUACAUGCAGAGAGCACGACCAUAGUGUUCUGUGAUCCCUGGAGGUGGGAUGAGUUGUCUGAGAAUUCCUUCUGCACAGCCUUCCGU